CUUGGUUAGUUCGAUUCAUGCAUCCAAUCGAUUUCACAGCACAAGCGCAUUUGCCGGCAAAUAAUCCACAGUGUUUUAAAGGAACUAAUUUUCCGGUUGGAUUAAAUAGUUUGAAUUUACAAAUAGGUGGAACGGAAAGGCUGACAUAAUGCAGCAGAUUGCUCAUAACAAAGACGUCGAAAAGUUUGUCUCAGAAACGAAGUAUUUUUUAGACGAGUUCGACUCGAUCAUCAGCCACUGGGAUCUGUCUGGGAAUUUCUUUCUACAUUAUCUUAUCGAGAUUCAUGAAAGUGUGACGCAACUCCUAUCCAAGUUCACCACACUGUCGUUGGAUGGCGUAGGAGGGCGCAAACAUGAACAUUUCUUUAAAUUACAAUGUUGCGGGCAAGAGUUCCACAGUGUCAAGGAUCUGCGAUUGCACCAUCACUCGUGCCGACACAAGAAGUCGACGUCAGCGGAACCAGACAACUGCGAGCUAAAAUCGGCUUUAGUCAAACUUGCUUUUUUCAACCGAAGGGUAAACGAAUACCUACAGUACGGAACGGAAGCCGAUCGUUACCUGUGUCUGUAUCUGAAGAAGAUUCUGAAAAAGAUAACAAUUACGUUGGACACGUUUACGUUGUAGGCAAACCUCGGUGGAACAAAUACUGUAUGAAUGCGAAUGAUCGGACCGAUUAGAAAGUAUGUCGAACUCGUGUUGGUUAAAAAUAUAUUCUAAGCUAUUUUUUCUAAUUAUAAUAAAAUCAACAUCGUGCUGUUUCGUUUUUACGAUGACCACCCCUUCCGGAAGACUCGAUCGGGGCGAACUCUACAUAAUUUGUUGAUGGAAACAUCUACAUCGGAUUGACCUUCGUAUAAAGCAAAAACUUAGUUCCCAUUCUGAAUUGAAACGGACGGUGAGCGAAAUGAUUUUGGAGGACACUGUGAUGUAUAGGCGGAGUGCUAAGACUCCCGAAGAUGUUGCCAAUUGGAAACUGGUGUAUAAUUUUAUCAUCGAAACGAAAUACUUCCUGGAACACUACGAUAGCAUAAUUGAAACGUGGGAUCUGUGUGACAAGGAAUUUCUAAUGCUCGUGUGGGAGAUUGAAGAACUGCUCACAGAGUUGCUAUUCAAGUAUACAACGGUAUCGACGGAAUACCUGCGGCCUAUAUCGUUGCCGACGGUUGAAAUCAAGUGUUGUGAUAUAUUGUUCGAGAAAUCCGCCCAGCUUUUCAAACACUACUACACCGUACACCAUACUCCGGCACGACUGAAUGGCAUACGCUACUGCGAGAUGAAAGCUGGACUUCUAAAAUUGGACUUCUACCGUCGCUGCGUGAAGUACUACUUGGAAUAUGGCACUUGGGCAGAUCAUGUGCUUUGCUUGUAUCUCAAACGCAUAUACAAGAAAGUGAAUCAUACACUAGAUCCAUUCCGAGACUCUGAUCAAUAAAAAUGCAAAUGUG